AUGUUCUCCAAAUGCUGGAUAUCCAGGCAUCCCAGCUUCGGCGCAUGGAAUCUUCAAUCAACCAUAUUUCACAAGCUAGUGCCAGCUCACACGGUGGACAUUCACAAAGAGAAAGUUGCUAGAAGAGAAAUUGGUAUCUUGACUACAAACAAAAACACCUCAAGAACUCACAAAAUCAUUGCACCAGCUAACUUGGAGCGACCAGUUCGCUACAUCAGGAAACCUAUUGAUUAUACAAUUCUAGAUGAUAUUGGACAUGGAGUGAAGGUCAGCACCCAGAAUAUGAAGAUGGGUGGGCUGCCUCGCACAACACCACCCACCCAGAAGCCACCAAGUCCACCAAUGUCAGGAAAAGGAACCAUUGGGCGGCACUCCCCGUACCGCACGCUGGAGCCGGUGCGGCCCCCGGUGGUGCCCAACGAUUACGUGCCCAGCCCGACGCGCACCAUGGCCCCGGCCCAGCAGAGCCCCGUGAGAACGGCCUCGGUGAACCAGCGCAACCGCACCUACAGCAGCAGUGGCAGUAGUGGAGGAAGCCACCCAAGCAGCCGGAGCAGCAGUCGAGAGAACAGUGGAAGUGGAAGUGUCGGUGUUCCCAUUGCUGUUCCCACACCAUCUCCUCCUAGUGUCUAUCCAGGUCACCCAGUUCAGUUCUACAGCAUGAACAGGCCUGCAGCUCGGCACACGCCCCCGACCAUCGGGGGCUCUUUGCCCUAUCGGCGGCCUCCUUCCAUCACAUCACAGACGAGCCUUCAGAACCAGAUGAACGGGGGCCCCUUCUACAACCAGAACCCAGUUUCAGAUACUCCUCCCCCCCCACCACCUGUGGACGAGGCAGUGUUUGAUGAGUCUCCACCUCCACCCCCACCUCCAGAGGAUUAUGAGGAGGAGGAAGCAGCUGUGGUGGAGUACAGUGAUCCCUAUGCUGAGGAGGACCCUCCGUGGGCACCGAGGACAUACUUAGAAAAGGUGGUGGCAAUCUAUGACUACACCAAGGACAAGGAAGAUGAGCUCUCAUUUCAGGAAGGGGCCAUCAUUUACGUCAUCAAGAAAAAUGAUGAUGGCUGGUAUGAGGGGGUCAUGAACGGAGUGACGGGGCUGUUCCCGGGGAACUAUGUGGAGUCAAUCAUGCAUUACUCAGAGUGAAGACAGAGGACAGAACACUGCAUCUCCUGCUGCAGGAGCUGUCAGGGCUUCCCAGAUCUCCACCAGCCUCUGCGGCCCCAUCCAGUAUAACUGAAUGAAGGAUAAUUGUAACAACCACUCUUUUGGGUUUGGUUUGGUUUUCUUUUCCCCCUCAUGAUAAGACAAUAGUGAUUUGAGUUGUUUGAACAAAUGGCUCUUCAGCUGCCAGCAGAGGCUGUCCUGAGCUAUCUGACUUUGAAUUAAGCUGACCCAUUCAGAUGUAACAAACUUCUUGAUUAGCUCAUACUUCACUCGAAUUCUGACUUCUGACAGGUCUUGGGAUCUGUCUCAGGAGUCCUGUGUGUCCUCAUGGUACCAUCGUUGGAAGCAGCUCCUGGCACUGGGGAUGUCCUGGAUGCUCAUGGUAAAGGUUACUGGCCAGUGGACAUCCCUCCUGUUUCUACACUACACUCCUGUGCAGCUGGAAGAACAGUUAUGUGCUAGCAAACACUGGGAUUUCUACACAGAGACAUCCCUGUAACUGACUUCCAGAUAGCUGGAUGCAACUUUAGCAUAAACACUUCUGCAGCUGCUCUGCACACGUAGGCUGACACAGGGCACACAGAGACUGCUUUUUGUUCACUCACCUUUCAGUUUAGACAAUUCAGAUGGCUGCAGCCCAGAGGACCCCCACCCCCAUUUCUCAUCUUCUGAAUGCCACAUAUUUGUUUUGUGUUCUGCACUGAUGAACUGUGCUCCUCUCCACAGCGAGCUCCUUGCCACGGUUGCUGCCAGUUCAAACAGAACUCACAGAUGCCGUUGAUGGUGAAGGCGAAACAAAGUUUACAGGUCCUCCUGGGGUCUGAGGAUUAACUCUAGGGGGUGUGAUCUAAGGUUCAAAUCCACUCAUGCCUGCUUGCACUAGAGAAACUUGCCCCCAACUUUAGUUUUAUGCACAAUAUAAUCUUAAAAAUCCAAUCAGGUAUUGUAAAUUGGCUAUUUUGUACUUGAUGACUAGAUUUGCAUAUGUACUGUGAGAGCCCUGUGCAGAGGCAGGACAAACGGCAAUUGUCGUCUUCAUGUCUGUUGCCAAAAUCUCUUCAGAGGAAGCAAAAAGGGCUGUUGUGUGUACUGGUUUCCCAUGGAAAUCCAAGCAGUAACUAGUAGUAGUCCUAGCUCUUCCCCUAGCCCUCUCCAUUGUUAAUUAUAAUAGAUAUUUUGAGCUGUACUGGUGGCUUGGGGUGGAGUAAUAAUACCAAGUGAAGGCUCUGUAGCCCCUUGUGAUGAUACUUGGCUUUCUAAUCUAGUCUCAGUUAAAAAUUCUGCUGAGUGAUUGUACACAGCAGAUCAGUGUAAGUGAUGGUUGUACUUAUCUGCCCUUAGGAACAUCUGAAUGUUACCUUUGGGUAAAUAUCAUGCAUUAAGUAAUUAAAUUUCCCAUUUAGUCUUCUUAGGCUGCAAAUUGAGCUGAUCCUGAUUGUGAGAGCCUCCUGGGCAAGGGCAUCUUCCUGGGCAACUUCAGACUGUCACCUGGCCAAGUUGUAGCUGGUACCAAGGGUAGCUUGUCUAAGGUGAGACAGUGCUGAAGCUGGAGAGGCCGUGUUAAAGCAGAGCAGUGCACAGGGAGUGGGGCUGGCUGUGUGGUGGCAUUGGCACCAGUACAGCUAACUGACCCAGCCCCUUGCUUGGUAGGUAGUACAGUACCAGCACGGAGGUGCAGGUUUGGUGCCAGCCUGGGCAGGGAGGUGCCAUGGCUGCUCAGAGGGGGAGAAUGAAGAAACAAAUAGGUGUGUUUGUAGGCCAUGGAGGAAUGUGAUCACCUGCUGUGAGCUUAUGGAACUCCUGUGACAGCGCACAAGAAACUGGUUUGGUUAAAGUCUGCAGGAAGGACAACUUUGAAGAAACUUGUGUGCAGAUAGAACUCAGUAUUGUUUUCUUUCUGGAAGUUGACAGCAUUGUUUGGGAUGAGUGCCAGAACAGAUACCCUUUAAGCCUUUUACUCUCUGAAAAGUUUUCUUGCAGCAAGACUAAGAGAAGCAGCCAUGUUCAGUUCUAUCAG